CUGAAGCGUCAGCAUGGGGCAGAAGAACGUGGUGACUUGAUUGCCCAACUGAGUCGAAACACAGUGGCUGCGCUAACAAGAGCCAUCUCUAAGAGAGCGAAGUACGCCGACACGGAGGAGCCUCUGCGGGGUUUGGAGGAGGAGUUAAAAGGGAUUGUGCAGCAGGUACUCAAGUCCGGAUUGGUCAGCGUAGGCACCGAUGAUUUCAAGAGUGCCAGUAAAUCGGAAAAAACCGAGGAUCUGGAGGAUGCGAUUUCGAUACCAUCGUCAAGGUUGGGAUUUGUGCCAUUAAACCCUCCAAUACUCAGUUUUAGUGAGGAAAAGUCAUCUGAAGCGGCUACGGUGGAGGAAGCUAAGACAGAGACUCGUCCGGAGGGUUUCUCUCUGUCUGGUUACAUUCCACCCCCGCGGGAGAUCAUGGAGGCUCUGGGGUCAAACAUGCCUAUGUGUUUUGAUCAGUCCUUCUCAAUGUACUACGAGGCUGCCUGCAGAGUGAUACAGAUGCAGACUGCGCCCACAGUUCCCCAAAAUUUUCUGGGUUUCCUACCGAGGACCCUUACAGGCGAGCAAAAACGCCUGCCUGACCUCUCGCUCAAGACUGAUCAUCCCACACCGCCGGAGGUCAUAGCUUUCGGCACAUCCGACCGUAGGAGGGACAGAUGGCCACUGGUACAUCCCGAAGGCACAUGGCACAGAAUGGAAGGGCAAAAGCAACCAUGCAAUCAGAAAACGCCCGAUGAGGUUCAGGCUCAGAGUGGAGCAAACGCGCCGAUGUCAUGCGAGGUCAGCUUUGGUUCCUGCCUGGAGGAGGAAGUUAUCAAAGCCGAGGGUCCGAAGGCGGAGAGUCUGAUGAGCCUUCAGCGACAUCCUUCGGAAGUCAAGAUGCCACCGUCUCACAUCUCUCAACCCAGCGACAGUCUACUCGCAUCCGUUUUCGGCCUGCAGCAUCAGAUGUUUAAUCAGCCUCUCGACUGUGGUCCACGCCCCCUCCGACCCCCGACCAAUGACGUCCUCUCUCCAAGCCAUCUCCUAAACCUCAGAAAUCCUUGUCAGUCCUCGUUGGAAGAUCAUAAGCUGCAGAUGCCUAGUGAACACCAGACAGAAGCACUCUCCCUGGUGGUCACCUCGGCUGGACAGAGCAGGCCCGCGCAGAGUGAAUGCGUUAAAAGUGCGGGGGGCUUCCAGAAGUGCUCCACUGAAGCCAACUCUCAGUCUUCCGACAUCUUUCCCUCCAACUUCCCCGCCUCUUACGGCUUUCCAAUGCUCUCUCAUGACGCCCUGAUGGAGUCUCCGUUGGAGCCAUAUCCUCCCAUAGUUGCAGAUUCUGGGUUGCACCCGGGUUGCCCUAGUGGCGGCAUUCCACGCAAAAAGCGCACAAAAGUUACCGACACCCGUCUGAUCGCUAAAACGACACGGACGACGUUGCUGCCACCACCCCCACCACCACCGGAAUUUCUACACGAAACUGCUCUUCAUUCACCCCUCCUAGGCAGCAGAUCUAGUCCGGUGAACUCAGAGGGAACCCAGCUGAAUUCAGGCAACGCCAACAGACGUCCGUUGGAUGCCAGCUCUUUCCUACGCUUGGGCCUGCCCCCACUACCACCAGUAGGGAAGAGUCCCCGUGAAGAUGCCAGCCGCACCCAGUCACAUCUGCGCUUCGAGUCCCUCCUCAUGUCAGACAUUCUCAAGGGU